AUGCCAGAGAAUCUCACAUCCCGAAGAUUCCAAUAUGCAGACGACACAGCCUUAGCAGUACAAAGCUUUGACUUUAAAUUGUGCGAAGAUAAAUUAAAUGAGGAUUUGGAAAUACUCCUAAAAUAUUACAAAAUGUGGAAAUUGAAGCCCAACCCAUCCAAAACGGAAUCGACAAUGUUUCACCUGAAUAAUAGAUUGGCAAAUCAGAAGCUCAACAUCAGCUUCGACGGAAUUCAAGUUCAACAUAAUAAAGCACCAAAAUAUUUAGGGAUUAAUUUGGACCGAUCACUGACGUACAGAAUUCAUUUAGAAAGAAUAGCUCAGAAAUUAUCCACUUGA